AUGAACCAACAAACCCCUCCCCAGAGCACCUCGCCCAGCACCCACUCCUCUCCGGCAAUGGCAUUGACGUCGCCUGACCUGGUGCUUUGCCAUACGUUCUACAUGACCAAGGACACCGUCUCCUUUGACCGCGACGCCGACACACUCAUUCUCGUUAGAGGCACCUCGCCCGGCGUCGUUAUACCUCCUCAGCGCCUCUUCCUGAUCCGCUCUGACCAUCUGUUCCUCAACUCCUCAUUCUACAAGCGCCUCUUCAGCGAGAGGUGCAUCAAGAACAUCCCUCGCACCGACGAUCAUUUGAGGCUCUUCAAGAUCACUCUUUCUAGCGUCGACCCCGAGGCGCUCUUCCUGAUACUCCGCGCCUGUCACAACGGCUGGGUGAGCCUCCCCGCGUCGACGUUGAACGUUCUCGACCUCGUGCUCCGGAUUGCAAAGACGGCGCACGAUUUGGAGUUCAAUAUCGGCAUGGCGGACCCAUCUUCAACCACAGCCUCGCUGUCGUGGGCUGCGCGAGGAUGGCUUUUGGAUCGGAGAAACGGUCUCUUCGCAAACAACUUGGUAGAUCGGUGGAAGCUGGUCAAGGCGGCAUUCUACUUCGGCCAACGGAGUGCCUUCAGGCGGCUGAGCGUUGACCUGACCAAGAGACUGCCGGAUCCCUUUUGGGCUCACCUGGCAGGAGACAUCCGACGCGGUGUCAACAUGCACUUUGAGCACCUGUUGACGAGCGAGGAGAAGACCAUCAUCAUCGCAAUCCGCCUCCUAUUCCUGUUCUACAACAUCCUCCACCGCGAAGCGCCGUUCCCGCCCAACAUGGCCCCGCUCCUUCCCACCUCUGCCCUCCCAGCCAGAAUCACGCAGUCCUGGUCCGACCACACAAAGGCCAUGUGGGACGCCCAAGUACAAGAGUCGUCGGUCUGCACUUGCUCCUGGCUUCCAAGCUACUACACAGUCUGGACAAGAGGUCUAGAACUGCAUGUGGACCUGUUCGCGGAAGGUUUCACGGAACACGAGUCCCACGAGUCCCACGGCAUGCUCUUCAGGAGCAUAGCAUGGGCGCUUGGUCAUGAUGUGGUGGCUAAGCCUUGGGAUAAGUGCGAGGUGGGGGAGGAGCCGAAGUGUGGGUUGGCCAACGGACGAGAGGGGCAUGAGGAGAAAGCGAGGGAGUUGAUUGGGAAAUUGAGGCGUUGUUUGUGUGGUUGGAUGGUGGAUGUUGAGAGGAAUCCGGUUGAAGAUGAGGAUUCGGUUGAGGGCUCUGACAAGGACUCCGACGAGGACUCCGAUCUUGAGCGCUCCGGGGUUCCGUACUCCAGGGUUCCGUACUACGACGUCGAGGUCCCCGGCGCUCAGUACCCCGACCCUGUGUACCAACUCCCACUUGAGAACCUCAACUUUGACGCACCUGACUUUGAGGACCGCGACAUUGAGGACUUCCAGCUACCAUGA